CAUGAAGCGACUAAAAUAAAAAGCACCAAUAUUUUGAGGUUAUGUCGAAAACACAUUGAAAACAGUUUAAAUUGUUUUUAAUUUAAUUUACAGACUAGUCGAAAUGGUGACUUUGCAGUUUUCCAAAUCCGUCACGGCCCCCAAGAAACCCUCUCUGGUUAAUGUCCACGCCUGUAAAAUUUGCCCAUACGUUACAACAUCGUUUCUUCUGAUGAUAAACCACGUUCGGCGCCAUCAGUCGCCUUUGGAAUCUUUUAACUGUGAAAACCCCCUUGAUUCUUACCAUUGCGAACACUGCAAUUUUCAAACUGAACUAACGUUGCUUUUCAAGCAACACAUUAAAGAACAUCGUGGAAUUAAACACGAAAACGACGAUUUAAUUGUACAGCACAAUAAUCAAAAGUACGUUUGUGGAAAGUGCGGAUUUGAGACGCAUUUUUCGCUUAAAUGGUUACGUCACAGGAAAGAGUGUCAACAACCAAAUUCGAAAUUGCAGCAUUUUUUGGUUGAGGACAAAAUCAAGUGGCUGCACUGCGCUGAGUGUACUUUCAAGAGUAAAGGAAAACGCGGUUUGAGAAGGCACAUUAACGCACGACAUUUAGACGACCUUGUCGCGAAAUGGUACGAAUGUAAACAGUGCUCAUUUAGAUCUAAAUACAACCACUCUUUGUCGCGACAUGUGAUCAGUUGUCAUUUAGACAAAAAGGACGGCAAGUGGUACGAAUGCCAACAGUGUCCUUACAAGACUAGAGAAUAUUCGAAAUUAAGGAGUCACAUGAUAAGCCAGCAUUCAAAUGGAGAAAGUAUCACGUGGUAUCAGUGCAACGAGUGUACAUUUAAAACAACCUUCGACAGGGUUUUAGAGAUGCACGUGAAUGCGCGACAUUCGAACCGACACUUUGUUAAAUGGUACGAUUGUGAAAAAUGCCAAUACAAAACCAAAUGGCGGUUUAAAUUAAAUAAACACAUGAAUGCGCGGCAUUUGGACGAGGACGAAAUAGAGUGGCACCACUGCAGUGAGUGUCCAUACAAGUCCAAAGACAAAGACGGUUUGAAAAGACACAUUAACGCACGGCAUCUGGACGACCAAGACGCGAAGUGGUAUGAAUGUACACAGUGUCCAUUUAAGACUAGAAAUUGUUCGGCCCUAAAGAAGCACGUGAAUUCUCAGCAUUUGGAACGAUUUGACAUCAAAUGGUAUGAUUGUGAAAAUUGCGAAUUCAAAACCAAAUAUCCCCAGUCUUUAAGGAUUCAUAUAAAUCGCUGGCAUUUGGACAAGAAUGAAAUCAAGUGGCACCAUUGCAGUGAGUGUGCGUUUAGGAGCAAAAACAAAGCAAGUUUGAAAAGUCACAUUAACGCACGGCAUCUUAGCGACUACGAUGCGAAAUGGUACGAAUGCACACACUGUUCACACAGAACUAAACAUCCUUCAAAUUUAAACUACCACAUAAAAACGCAACACUUGAAAGCGAAAAGUGACCAUCUAAUAGCAGACAAAAAUCGAGUUUGACGUCACAAAUUAAAAUAAACUGAUUAAUUGAAAAAUCAAGAAAUUGAUCCAAAAUUUAAAUGUUUAAAAAUUGUGAAAACGAAGACUCAAAAAUUAAAAAAUCGAACCAUUGAGGAAUCCCGGAACUGAAAUAUCGUAAAAUUGACGAGUGAAAAAGUCGAACAAUCAAAAAAUCUCAAAGUUCGAUUGAGUAAAAAUUCAAGACGGAUUCAUAAACCAGAAGCAGAGCAGUAUGUCAUUUUACUCGGUAAUUUCGGGUAUUACCUGUCAACAGACUGACAGACGGAAACUGUGAUAUUUAAUUGUUAUAUAUAUAUAUAUUAUCCCUAAUAUACUCUGAAGCUCUUUUUUAAUUUUUGGAUCUUUAGUGGCCAGUAUUGCUUUGAUUCUGUCUGAAUCAGUUUCAACACCUUGAGACGAAAAUAUUUCACUGACUUAGUUUUCAAUUGUAAUUUAUCUUUAUUAAAUGUAGCCCCCAAAAAUUUUUUAUUCAUAAUCUUGAGACAUCCAAAUGACUGUAAAAA